AUGGCCAAGGGCAAGCGCAAGGGCGGUGGCAAAGGCUUCCACAGAACCAAGAGCAAGAAGCACCGGUCCAAGGAUGAAAGGGCUGUGUGGGCCCGACAGCAACAACAGCAAGGCGCCUUGCAGACUCCCCAUGCAGUCACUCCUCAUGUCAACACUGGUCCCUUCCACAAUGAAGAUAUUGAUGAUGUGCUUCCUCCUCCCACCACCUCCCUUCGCUCUGCUGCUCGCAAGCCAACCACGGAGCAACCGGAUGAUGAACGACUGAAUGAACUCUUGGGUCCCCCUUCGGAUGAUGAGCAUGAACCUCCUUCCGACGAUGAUGAUGCAGCAGCAGCAGACCUUCGUCUCACUCCGGAAGAGAUGGAAUCUUUCCUGAAUCAGCAAUCCUUUCUUCACCAUGACCGUUCAGAGCGCAUUGCAACUUACCACCUCUAUUGCCGGGUGCACAACUUCCCUUCGGAUUGGACUGGAAAGGGGAGUACUGGAUUGGCAAUAAAGGUUGCUCUUGGGAUGAAGACGCGGAAGCCAAUCAAGAAUAUCUUCGGAGACAUCAAUUACUGUGCCAAGAAUGACCUUGAGUAUGUUGGUCAGCGAUUCUAUUCACGGUUCAAGCCCGUCAAGAUUCCUGAUGGCUCCAAAGCUGCUGAGACUCUCGCUACUUUGAUUGAGUCGCGAGGAGACAGUCUCCGAAUUGCAACCGACACACUCAAUGAAUGUCGAAUUGAUGAUGGUGUGGAGCCGUACUCUGAUUCCGCUGUCCGUGAAUUGGUCCAGCAUCUCCCAAGCCGGAAAGUUCCCAUUCGGAAGAUGAAGCAAGGGAACCACGACAAGAACUCUCUAUGGGCUCAAUGCCGCUUUGCCUGGGAUUAUCAGUUGCUACUUCGACUCGGCGUGGAGAAGGAGAUUGAGCCUCAUGAUCUGUUCGAGCUUCCACCUUCCGUCCUGGAGGUGCCCGAGACUCUUUUGGACGAAGAGGAGCUCAAGUUAUACGAGGAGGAUGGGACUCUGCCGGUUUACUUUGAUCCUCAAGCGCUGUUUACUUAUCGUUUUGGCGUGAUCAAGGGAUGCGCCAAGACAAUCCUUGGCUUGGGAAGAUCAAAUUCUUUGAGAUCCACACCAUCCGUGAUUUUGCUGAGGCCUCCGACAGUGACAUUACUCGAAUGUCAAAUGGUAGCCGAACAUUACCGAGCAUCUGGAAAGAACAAUACCAAAGUUCCAAACUGA